GUGAAGAGAAAUGGAAAACGCUAUAUUUAAUGUAUUUAAUGAGCCUGUUAUCGCCUACGGCGUGGUUCGAUAUUAUUUACUCAGAACACCUUCCUUGUGUUACUUCGAGCAAUAUAAAAUGUUUACAUUUAUAGUACUCAAUAUAAGCGUUCUGAGAACCAAAGGAUGCUGAUGGAGGCUGUUGCUGCCGGAGCAGCCCGGAUAAAGGACAACAAAUAGCAGCUAGUGUGUCACACUUCUCUUUCCCUUAGAAAACAUACAUAGAGAGGAAAACGGCAAACUGCAUCUAGGCGCAGACACCGACAGAUGUUUACCAAUAAGGGGAGACGAUGUUGCUGCUUGUAGGUUUCACGCUCCUCUGCUUCUGCUGCUGGGCAUCUUUCUACUUCAUCUUGUGCUUCUUCAAUGCACAUAGGAGCGACGAAUGGAACUGUCGCCUCGUCACUUUGGUGCACGGCAUGGUGGCGGUUUGCAUCACAGCUUACAUAGGGUAUGUGGAUGGACCCUGGCCAUUCAGUGAGCCAGGCACCAAGAACACCCCCUUACAAAUAAGUGCCUUGGUGAUCAGUCUGGGCUACUUCAUUUUUGACAUGGCCUGGUGCUUGUACUUCCGCACUGAGGGACGUGUCAUGCUGGCCCACCACACCAUGACAAUUCUGGGAAUCAUAAUAACCCUGUGGCUGGGCGAGUCCGGAAUCGAAUCGUGCGCCGUUCUCUUCGGCAGCGAAAUCACCAACCCCCUCCUGCAGACGCGCUGGUUCCUCAAGCAGACGGGACGCUACGAGACUCCACUCGGGGACGCUGUGGAUGUCCUGUUUGUACUGCUAUUUGUUGUGAUGCGAAUCUUUGUGGGAGGUACAAUGCUGUACUGUGAGCUGAUCUCGCCGAAACCCUUAUUCCUCAUCAAGUGUGGAGGAGUGGCCAUGUAUGCUCUGUCCUGGGCCUUCAUGGUGGACAUUGUUGGCUUUGUAAUACGGAGGGGCAAGAGAUGGCACCAGGAGAGAGACCAACGGCUGAAGGUUGCAGCUAAGAAGCACUGACUGACAUUUCGGCCUCCGAACGAAAUCAGUUUACCUGACUUUAUAUCAGCUUCUCACUUCAGAUACUCAGUGGAUUUUUUCAGUCUGCAGGAAAAUCAGCUUUCUGCAUUGACAGAUUUAGAAUUUUUUUUUUUUUUCGCGUGAAUGGAAUACACUAUGCCAUCUUUUUGAAAAGUCUACUAUGUGUGCAUUAAAAAAAUACAUAUUUUAGUUUUUAUGCACCUGAUGAUUGUUAUUUCAAAGGUACAAACAACAUGUUUAUAACGAGGACUGAAAACCAAAGCACUUUUAUAAAAACACAUGUUGCUUUCAGCUGCUGUGAACUGUGGCCCAGUCAUUUGUGGUGGUGCUGUUCCAAAUAGGGAGUUUACAAUUUAGAAAGCGAGACAGUCAGACCUAGGGGUGACUGUUGAGCAGUUUUUGUCAGACAAUAACAUUAAGACAGCUUUCUUUCAGUUGUUUUGUUUUGUUUGCUCUAAGAGAAACACAGUGCUUAUUUGAAAACACAAUACAGUUUGAGACAUUUUUUUUCCCACUUGCAUUGUGAAUGCGCUAAUAUGAUAGAUCUACGCAAAAUCCUGCGACGUUGUACUUCAUUUCCUUUCUGUGUGAGCUAAAAUGAUCCUGAAUUACUUAUUAACAUUUUACCUUUAUUUGUUGUAUAAAAGCCUCAUUUAAUUGUAAUACAGUAAAAAAAAAAAGCCCAGUGUAACUAGUUUAGAGGAAAUGUAUUUGGUACUAUUACCAUUAUAUUCAAAUAACUGACUUUCACUGAGUGUUUGUGUGAUUGUCGAGAAAGUCCCUUCAGUCUUUGUUGACAGCAGAAAUGACCCUUAUUGCAAACUAACUUUUUGUCUGAAUUUUGUUGUUUUUUAAGGCACUUACGCACUUUUUUAACAUCCAUACUCUGCUGAAUCUUUGGAAAAAACGAGCUCAGUCAGCCAAAAUGUUGGAGAUCAGGUUUGAGCUCAUAGCAUCAAUCCAUGCCAAGGAAGGUACCAAGCCAUCAGCUUUCAUGUUUGCUGACACAAUAUCUUUGUCACGAGGAAUAUGAUCAUUUGUUUGUAAAGAGAAGAAAGUACAUAAAUAAGUUCUCUGUGCCUUAUCUAACACACAUACACCUUGUAUGUGUUAUGUUUUUUCUUUUCCAGUGCUGUGAUCUAAAUGCUCCAACACUAGACUGUAAAGUGAAAACAUUGACAAUGGAUUUAAUUGUCUUUGUAAUCCCGAUUGAAAUAAUAAUAAAAAAAAUCUUUGUGUAUGUUUUCCACAUCAAAAUGUCACCUGAGAAUAAAUAAUUGUCAGUAGCUAAAUCGGCACCACGUAUAUUCAGAUGAACUGAAGUUACCACAACCAUCCACAAGAUGGUGAUGUUCCAAUUACAUUUGAAUGAUAAGUGAGACAAUAUCCUUUUUACUCGUACUGGAUUUAGGUGUUUUAUUUUUGUGCGUGUGUGGGUGUUUUAUCUAUGCAAGAUUUUAAGACUUUCAGAAAGGUCCGUGUGGUUUUUAAAAUGCAAGAUAUAUUU